AUGAGAGCGCCGAAGGUCGGUGUGGACAUCACUGCGCAUAAGGAGGAACGCAAUGUGACGGACGCCAAGAAGAAAACCAAGUUGCGAGUACGCUACUACGUGGAACUUGUCGUGGGAUCGCCACGGGAGAGCCACACGCGCUUGGGCUUCUCGGGCUCAUUCCAGGCGCUGCUGCGGCUACACCGGGAGUUCGUGCGGCUCUACGUAGAAAAGCACGGGGAUCCCCACAGCGGGCUACUCACUGGACGGGAGAGUUUCUUGUCAAAUUCUUCAUCCACUUCACGCUCGUCCGUGUCCUCGACGUCAAAAAGCUCGCCCACCUCACUCUCGAGUCUCGUGCGGCAUACGUUUGGUCUAAAGAAGAAAUCAAAAAGCACCGGCGACUGCGAUUUUAACAACGAGGGAGCUACUAGCAACCAGCACACGCAGCACACGCACCAUCAUCACCACCGUCAUCACCAAUACCCGACUUCACAGGAACUGCCCGGGAUCGUGCCAUUCCCUGCCCAGAACAAGAUGCUGAUUCAUUUGGAGAGCGGAGAAGCCAAGGAUGACGACAAGAUCGAAGCCCGCAGCGCUGCGUUGUUUGAAUACUACUCACAAUUGUUCAAUUCAGACGAUGGCGAAAUGUAUCUGGAGCUAGUGCACCAACGAGCUAAAGAGAGAGCAGACAAGAACAAGACUGAACUCGUGGAGAAUCAAGCGGAAGAUGAUGCCGAGCCGCGAUCUUCACACAGCAGUGGUGGGUUUCUGAAGCUCCUAGGUCGUCAUCCCAAGGCCGAAGAUGUUAAAAGCAGCAAGCAUGUCGAAUAUUUUGAGCCUGUGUACGUCCGCGCUAGGGGCAAAUCGCGUGGGCGCAAAUCCACGCGUCGGAAUUCCAGCCUACAAGCUCCAUGA